CCCUGCUCAGCGUAGGAAGUGACUGGGUGAGGAAGUGUCGAUAGACACACGGGCACACAGCAGAAUAGAAAUGUCUCCAGAUGAGCUGGUCUACCUGGGGAUCCUCGCCGCAUCAAUUUCCGUGGGAUUCCUCUUCCGCCACCUGAGUCCUCCAGUGAAGCAGGGCGCAUCAUUGCUCUUGGGUCUCACCAUCACUAUUGCAACCUGCGGCAUCCACACACUACACUCACUGUGCACAGUUUUAGGAACAUGGCUGAUCAUCACGUUUAACUGGAGGAAUGCUCCCUCUCUGUCCCUGGGAUGGACCUUCCUCUAUCUGCUCUUUUUCCGGCUGGCCACAUGGUUCGGUCUGCCGCCUCCCGGCCCUUUCGCCAAUGCCAUCCAGCUUCUUCUCACGCUCAAGAUGGUCAGCUUAGCCAAUGAGGUCCAUAGUUAUCACUCAGAGAAGAAAAAAGAUGUGAGCACCUUCUCCAAGUCUCCAGUGAUUGGUGGCCUCUCCCAUGUACCCUCCUUCUAUGAUGUUAUAUCCUACAGCUACUGCUACAUUGGCAUCAUGACAGGUCCGUUUUUCCGCUAUCAGACAUAUGCGGACUGGCUCGGGCAGCUGGACGCUGUGUCUCUGCCGGGCAGAGAGCCAUGUCUGCUCAGGCUGAAGAUGGUGCCCGUGUAUGGAGCACUCUUCCUGUUUGCCAACUCCCUGUUCCCCCUCUCAUUCGUCCGCACUGAGGAGUUCCUUGAACAUAACUACUUCUACAGCACAACACUGUUGUGCUGUUGUAGGUUCUUCUACAUGGUUGUGGUGUUCUUCGUGUUCCGGAUGAGGUUCUACGCGGCCUGGUGCGGUGCGGAGGCAGGGUGUAUCAGUGCAGGACUGGGCUGCUACCCACAGGGGGCGCUCUCCAAACCUGGAGGGGGACCAACAGUCCAGUACAGCCCUGAUCCUGGUGCUCCAGUGGAGUAUGACUUUAAGACCAUCCAGAACAUUGACUGCUACAACACAGACUUCUGUGUGAAGGUCCGGCAUGGUAUGCGCUACUGGAACAUGACGGUGCAGUGGUGGCUACAUCACUACAUCUACCCAAAUGCUCCCUUUAGAGCUUAUGCCCUGAGGGCUGGUUGGACUAUGCUGAUCAGUGCAUACUGGCAUGGUCUCCAUGCAGGCUACUACCUCUCCUUCCUUACCAUUCCUCUGUGCAUGGCAGCUGAAACCUCCAUGGAGACGUCAGUCAGGGCCCGUUUGGGUCCAGGCGGCCAAAAAGCUUUUGACUGGAUCCACUGGUUCCUCAAAAUGAGGGCGUACGACUACAUGUGCAUGGGCUUUGUCCUGCUGAAGGCCAGCGACACCCUGAACUACUGGAGCUCCAUCUACUUUAUCAUCCAUGUCAUUGCACUGCUCUGCAUCGUGAUUGGCCGAGUGAUGGGAGGAGGAAGGGGGGAGAGAAAGAAAGUGAGUGAGGGAGAGAAAGAGGUAAAGAGAGACGAAACGGUGAGAGAAAAGGCAGAAUGAAACUGAUAUAAAUGUCCCGUGCAAGUAGUGGGAUGAGAGUUAGUACAUGUACACAGGAAAAGAACUACACAUCCCGUCAUGCACUGUUUUUGUGCCAGCCAGCAACAGCCAUUCCUCUGUUGUCGGAGGUUUUCAGUGGUUAUAUGGGAGAAGAGAUGCAGUAUUAUGUUAACAGAACAUACUGUAUUAAAAGAAGAGAUGUUUUGUAUGACCUGCCAUUUUUAUUAUUACAAGAAUUGUGAAACGGAUUGUGGGGCUUGUUGUCCAUAUUUCUGUCUUUAUUGAGUUAGUACCACACUAAAUAACUGGCCUUUACAUUUGUGGGAACAGUCUAAUUAUAUUUUUUUUUGUAUCUGCACGUUUCAUGAUCUCAUUUGUGCUUAUGUCUCGAUUGUUUUUAUUGUGUAUUUUCAUGUUUUCUAAAGUCAAAAGUAAUAUAUCACAAAGUAAAUCCAGUAUACAGAAGACAGGGGGUGUCAUUGAGCCAAGCAUUCCUGCUCAGCCAUCAGCUGUGUCUUGGGACAGUGUCAUAAAUGGCUUACAAAUUCUGUUGUAAAAUAUGCCGUUGCCUUUGCAGAUGGGCAUCAUGUUUACUGACCACAGAAACCAUCGGACCAGACCCCUGAGUUUUUAGAGAUUAAAUAAUUUCUUUCGACUAACAGAACGUGUUCACACAGAAGUUGUUAGGGUUGAGAUGACUUUGCUUUUGUUGUUCUUUGCUUUGGGAGAACUUGAACGUUGUCUGACUCUUUAAUAGUGCUGUCACUGUUAUAAAGGUUGUUUUUUAGGUAUCAGGAGAAUGUGAAAGGAACUGAGUGGCCACAUUUUUACUAUCCGUCGUGAGACUACUUGAAAGGUUGAAGCUUGAAUGCAAGGCUGUAGUAAUCGGAGGCGUCCACGUCCGUUGUGCUGUUUAGCCCCUUAAAGGACCUCUAAGGGCCAGUCAGUGGGUCCAGAAUUAUAUCCAUGUAUAACCAUGCACCUUACACAGUAGUUUCAUAGUAGUUACUAGUAGCUACUAUAUAAUAGCAUAGUAGUUACUGAGUAUUAAACCCUAAGAUUAAUUGCUGAAUAAUAAGACUGGACUUUAAGGGGUUAAGAAUUUGACUUGAUUUACUCCUUUUGACUCCAGGUUUCUUUGGUCAGUGUUUAAUACCUGUUUGCUCCUUCACUCGUCAGCCUCUGCUUCACUUUUUAAUGUUUAUGACAUACCUUAAAUCCUAUGUGGACGAACCCAUCUUGUAACAUUGAAUUUUUGCUCUGAUGAUGAGGAUGAUGGUUAUUAUUAUUAUUAUUAUUAUUAUUACUAUUAUUUUGGGCAGUACUUUUUGUACAGAAUGUUUUUCUUCCAUCACUGCCAUAAUGUAUGUGGGAAAAAUUAGCCAAACAACCACCAAUCACAAAUCACAAGCCACUGAGGCCAGUUACCAUGCAGUUUUUCUUGUUUGUCUGUUGCCUGGAUGUGAUUCUGCACAGCUCACUGUAAAUACCAUCCCAAAGUCCUGUAAAGCUCAGCUGGUGUAAAACAACAGACAUGGAUUUAGAGUCUCCACAUGGCCUCAGUAUUUUCUUACUGUGCAGCACAACAGUGAUGGGGUGUAAAUUCUUUACCACCUGUCUAGUAUCACAACCUGCAGGGUGUUUUUAAUGUUUUGUGGCCCAAUAAACAAUACUGAUCAUCUGCUGUGGUCCCAA